AUGGGUUAUCCCUUUGAUGAUGUCGCCGCUGAUCGAUCAGAUGAGAUGUUCCUUGCUUGGGUAAAGCGAACCUGCAGUGACGAGUGGAAGAUACCGCUCGAAAACCUUGUGGCCACAAUUCGAGGUGAUCAGAGACCACAGUCGCGUGAAGUUCUCAUAGGGGGAUUCAACGCUGGUUUUAUCUAUAGAUACAAGAACAGCCAGUUGGAUACCGUACUUCGCUUUCCUCAACCCGGACGACAAAGAUUUCCGAACGAGAAAGUUCGAAAGGAGGUUGCCAUCAUGGGGUUCAUCAAACGCUACACGUCCAUUCCGAUCCCCGAAGUUCUCGACCACGGAGAGUGUGAUCUGGGACCUUAUAUCAUCAUGCAAUAUGUUGACGGGCACACAAUGUCAGAGGACCUAGAGAAAUCACCAGACGAUUAUGUACUAAAUGAAGAGGUCGAUGAGAACAAGCUAAGGAAAGCCUAUCGUCAAAUGGCAGAUGUCCUCGUCGAGCUCCAGCAAAUUAGCUUCAACCAAAUUGGCUCGAUCAGCAACGAUGGCACCAUAGACGGCCGCCCGCUUACAGGCGACAUGGUCUUCCUAGCUGAAAUGGGAAAUGUGCCGCCCAUGCUCAACAUGGACCAAACAUUUUCGUCUACUCGCGAGUAUUUGAAGGCAUUAUCUGAUCAGCUUUUUCACCAUUUAAAAGAGCAACGCCAUGGCUUCGUGAAAGAUGAAGCCGACUGUCGGCGGAAAUACAUUGCGCGGUGCCUUUUCCAGAAGAUCAUUUCAUUGCUGCCCCUUCGACCCGAAGGCGAGUUCCGUCUGACCUGUGAUGAUUUUCGGCCUUCAAAUGUACUUGUUGACGACGAAUUGGAAAUCAAGGCCGUUCUGGACUGGGAGUUUUGCUACGCUGCUCCCCAAGAGUUCGGACAGGUUCCACCUUGGUGGUUGCUUCUUCAACGGCCAGAAGAAGUUGGAUUCCAGAGCUUUGAGACGAAAUUCAAGUCCAGAUUUCCUCUGUUUGUGGAAGCAUUGUCCGAGUCCGAGUCUUUGGCUAUUAGUAAUGGAAGAUUACAGCGAUCACAGUGUGUAUCAGAAGAGAUGAAGAAGGACAUGGAAAAUAACCUUAAGCUUUUUUGGAUCCUAUAUGCUGCACGCAAUGCCUACUUCUUUGAUGAAAUUUACUGGACGUUUAUUCACCACAGCCAUUAUGAAAUGAGUGGCGAGGAAGAGUUGUUAGCUCAACUCACUGAUGAGCAGCGGCAGAACUUGCUUGAAAUUAGUCAGGACAAGCUUGAUGACGCAAAGGUAUCUGGAUGA